AUGGCUUCGUUCUUGUCCAAGUCAGCCUCUCUCCUGGCGGCGCUGCUAUCGAGCUCGCUUGCCGGAGCGGCCACAAUUGAUCUCGACUGGAAUGUUACGUGGACCACGGCUAACCCGGACGGGAUGUUGGAGCGCCCAGUGAUCGGCAUAAACGGUGAAUGGCCGCCGCCACUGCUCAACAUCACCAAGGGUGAUCGGGUUGUUGCGAGACUGACAAAUGGCCUUGGCAAUGAGACAACCAGUCUACACUUCCACGGCUUCUAUCAGAAUGGCACAAACAACAUGGACGGGCCUCCAGGCGUUGUCGCGUGCGAAAUCUCUCCCGGAUCAACCUUCAUCUACAACUUCACAGCUGACCAAGUGGGUACUUAUUGGUACCACUCACACACGAGAGGCCAGUAUCCCGAUGGUUUCCGACAAGCCCUCAUCAUCCAAGACCCUGAAAGCCCUUACGCUGGUCAGUAUGAUGAUGAGUAUGUUAUUAGCUUGUCCGACUGGUAUCAUGACCAGAUGCCAAAGCUUCUGAAGGAGUUCAUCAGCGUCGCCAACCCCACCGGCGCGGAGCCUGUCCCCAAAGCUGCAUUGAUGAAUGAUACCCAGAAUUUCACACUCGAUGUUGAGCCUGGAAAGACGUACCUUCUGCAUCUGGCAAAUGUCGGUGCCUUUGCCGGCCAGUAUUUCUGGAUCGAAGGCCACACCAUGAAGAUUGUCGAAGUUGACGGAAUCUGGACGGAGCCGGCUGAGGCGGACCUGAUUUACAUUGCAAGCGCUCAGCGGUACGCCGUUCUUCUUACGACGAAAAAUGACACAAGCGCAAACUAUGCAAUGGCCGCCAGCAUGGAUACAACCUUAUUCGACACAAUACCGGAUGACCUCAACUGGAACGUUACUGGAUGGCUUGUCUAUGACGACUCAAAGGACAAACCCAACCCAGCCGUUCUCGACGAGUUCAACGAGUAUGACGACUUCGACCUGACACCCACCGACGGCCUCGAGCUCUACGGGGAGGCAGACUACACCAUCACACUCGACCUCACCAUGGACAACCUCGGCGACGGCGCCAACUACGCCUUCUUCAACGGCAUAACCUACACCAAACCCAAGGUCCCAACCCUCUACACUGUCCUCACCACCGGCCCGGCCGCCGCCAACGCCACCGUCUACGGACACGACACAAACCCCUUCGUCCUCCCGCACAACGCCAUCAUCGACAUCGUCCUCAACAACGACGACACCGGCCGCCACCCAUUCCACCUGCACGGCCACGCCUUCCAAGUCAUCCACCGCAGCCCCGAAAACAGCGGCCACUACAACGCCGCCAACGCAACAACCGCGCCCGCCGUCCCCAUCCGACGCGACACGCUCCUCGUGCAUCCCUCAUCCAGCUUCGUGAUCCGCUUCGCCGCUGACAACCCAGGCGCAUGGCUAUUCCACUGCCACAUCGAAUGGCACAUGGACAGCGGGCUGGCGGCGACGAUGAUCGAGGCGCCGCUGGCGCUGCAGGCGUCGGGGCUGGACGUCCCCGCGAACCACUACGAGGUGUGCGACGCGAGCGGGACGUUGACGAAGGGGAACGCGGCGGGGAAUGUGGACGACGUGUUUGAUUUGGGUGGGGAGAAUGCGAGCGUGGCGCCGCUGCCGGGCGGGUUCACGGCGCGGGGCGUGGUGGCGUUGGUGUUUAGUUGUGUGGCGGGGGUGCUGGGGAUGGGGGCGGUCGCGUGGUAUGGUGCGGCUCCUAUCACCAAGUGA